UCGGGCUCUCAGUCGCUCGGCAGCACUUGGCGCGACUGGACGAGGAGCGGCUCGCCUCUCGCACGCCCUCCUCCUGUACCACAGCGGCGGCCUUCCUCGGUUUCUCCCGCAUAUUGCGAGGCAGCCACGCGCCAACGCCGGACUCCCCCGCACACGAGAAGCCGUCGCACGGCCGGCGAAUGGCGGCCGCCUCCGGUGCCCAGGAGUCCGCGACCUGAGCCCCGGACCAUUUUGCCCGCUGGCGCGAGCUCCCCUCCCCGGGAGGUCGUGCGGCCUCAUCAUGCCGGCCCUGACCCUCGUGCUCCUGGUUCUGAUAAGCAGCGGCACCUCGGCCGCCGACGUCACCAACACCGCGAGGGAAGAAUGUAGGCGGAAAAUAGCUACGUGUGCGAUGGAUGCAUCGACGAAUGUUCCGGUAUGUGGUAGCGAUGGUGUCACUUAUCCAAACCACUGUACAUUAAUAUCCAAACAAUGUAUGGGAGUGACAAUUCUCAUCAAGCAUACAGGACCUUGUCCAGAGACUCCGGCGUGCCUAUCGGCCCGGGUGAGCGCGCGCCCGACGUCACGGCCAGUCUGCCGCCCCGACGGUACCUACGCCCCGACCCAGUGCCAUCCGGAGACGGGCUACUGCUGGUGCGUGACCGCUCAAGGUCGUCCUCUGCCCAACAGCUCUGUCCGGGGUGAGCGGCCGAGAUGCGGACGAGCAGCCGAAGCCCCGGCACCGACAGUCCCGAGCGGUCAGCGCAGACGUUCCCCGAGUUGGAAGCAGCGCAGGCAAUAUAGCAACCGGCACAGGAACACCUGCGAUCGGGCAGACAAGGCCCGCUUCAACAGCAACCUCAUCGAGAACUUUAGAAUCGAGUAUCGGAGGAGCAACGUGUCCGGCGAAGGUGACAAGAACGUGGAGCGCGUGCUCUCGUGGAAGUUUGUGAGCCUGGAUAAGGACAGCGACGGUUACCUCGACAGAGCCGAGUACAAGGAGCUCCGCCGACUCGCUAAAAAGGCAGUGAGGCCUAAGAAGUGCGCGCGCACGUUCGCCCGCACCUGCGACCUUAAUCGGGACUUAAAGCUGUCCCGGCAGGAAUGGGGAGCCUGUCUUGCCAACGACUUUACCCUUUUGAAAGGCAAUCCAUCACCAGUUCAUGCGCGUCCGACGUUUAACGACGAUCCACCCGAUGCAAACGAUGAUACGGAUGCCAACGACUGCAUAUCGGAUAGAAGAUCAGUCUUGGAGGAUCAGCGACAAAACUCUCAAGAGAAGUUUUACAUACCAGAGUGUACUCCUGAUGGAAGAUAUCAUAAAGUUCAAUGUUAUUCCGGAUAUUGUUGGUGCGUUUAUCAGGACACAGGAAAACCAAUUCCUGGUACAUCAUCCAAGGACCAAACACCGAAUUGUAAUCCAGCUCCUGCGCCCGUCAGACCCAUGAAAGGUUGUCCGGAGGCGAAGAAGCAGCUAUUCCUGCGCGACCUCAUGGACCUCAUGCAAAAGAAAAUGAAAGCCUCUAGCACAGAUUCGGACGAGGCAACGGACAAAUGGCAGGCGUCUAAGGAGGAGCGCAUCGCGACUUGGCACUUCGUUAUGCUCGACAAGAACAAGAACAAGGUUUUGGAGAGGAAGGAGUGGAAGAGCUUCCGGGCAAUGGUUGCUAAUAGCCGGCAGCUGCGCAGGUGUGGCAAGAAGCUGCCGAGGUACUGUGAUAUCAACAAUGACCGAAGGAUCAGCAUGACCGAGUGGCUCAGUUGUCUUAAUGCUCAGCGACCCGCUACAGGUGACAGCUCCACGGAAAAGGCCUCGACGUCGAAGCCCCGAAGAAAGGGCCCCAACCCACUCGACCAGUUCCUCAACGACGACGAUUAAAAAAAGGCGUUUCAAUCUUGUGAUAAGGCGGCCGAAAGCGCAAAAGCCG